AUGGCUAAUCACAUCAUUGCUGAACUUGAUACGGAGGUUUUGAUUUGUGCUCGCGAUAUUUUAACAAUUCGCCCGGUUCCUGAUGAUAUUUUUACUCAACUGAAAACAAGAAUCAUUUUCACUUAUUCAAUUUCGGUCGAGUCUCGACUUCGUCAAUUUCUUAAGGGAGAUAUCCCCACUGAUGGAAAACCAUCCCUUAUUUUAAACCGAUUGCGGAAUUUAGGUGAUAUUAAUUGCAGUGAUGAGGUUGUUAGGUCCGUUUUCUUAAACCAAUUACCUCCUUCAACUCGCGCUAUUCUGGCCGCGUCAAAAGUUUCUACCAUUCAGGAAUUGGCAGAUUUGGCAGAUAAGGUUUACGAGACCACUUACAUUUCUCCUUCUUGUUCCGUUGUCGAUGCAGUGCCUAUUUCUCGACCUAGUUCAUUUUCUGAGCCUCUCUCGAUUAUUCAGAAUCAGAUUAGCGAUUUAUGUGCUCGGGUUGACGCACUUAGCAGCAAGUCUUUCCAAUCAACCGGUCAUCGUUUUCGGUCUGAAUCACAUGGAGCUCGAAACAACAAUAGAUCUCGUUUAUCAUCUCGUAAUGCUGGGUCAAAUUGUUGGUACCAUCAUAAAUUUGGAAAUAAGGCGACUAAAUGUAAGGAACCAUGUUCUUUUUCGGGAAAGUCGAGUGUUGGCAAGUCUUCGGAAAACUAG